AUGUCGAAUAGCACAACAAACACGAUUGAAUCUAGAGUAUCGCUGAUGGUUGCUUAUUAUUCUUUAGUACUAAUCGUUAUUGGAACACUUGCGAAUCUUUUGACAUGUUUUAUUCUUUGUCGAUCAUCAUUUCGAGAUAAAAAGGCAAAACCAAUCAUUCAUUACAUGCGAACAAUAACCAUAUUUGAUAUUUUAAUGUUAUAUGGAUGGAAUUUGAAUCGCUAUACCAAUACUGUAUAUAAAUUGAAUCUUCUAGAAUAUUCAAUACUAUCAUGCAAAUUUAUUAGUUUUACUAGCUAUUUUACGCCACAAAUAUCAGCUUGGCUUCGCGUUUUUAUUUGCCUUGAUCGAUAUUUAUCUUCAAGCUGCUAUCAUCGAACAUCGAUGAAUAAAUCAAAACCUAUUCUUAUUAUUAUUGUUUGCAUUAUUACUGCUGCUUUCGUGUUAAAUUCGCAUAUUCUUAUGUUUGUUUGUUACCAAAAAAUUGAUGGUACUAUUAGUCAUUACGCACAAUCAUAUAAUAUAUAUCCUCUUUGGGAUUAUGUGAAUUUAGUUGUAUACAAUUGUGCACCGUUCAUAUUCAUGUUGACAUUGAACUGUGGUAUAUGUUAUCAUUUAAUUCGACUUCGUUAUAAUAGUUCAAUUUCAAGUUUGCGCAUUCAGUAUCGAACUAUUACAUUUAUAUUAGUUAUAACAACAUCUCUUUUUUUGAUUAUGACCUUACCAGCAACAAUUGGUUAUGCAUUUUUUCGAAAUGCAAAUCCUACAAUUUUACAUUUUUUAGAUGCCAUCCGUUUUACAUACCAUACACUAUCGUUUCCAUUAUAUUUGCUUACAUUUAAUGAAUUUAGAUGUGAAUGUAUCAGAAUGUUAAAGUGGAAAAUCUGCAAUAAAAAUUCUUCACCGGUCGUGGUUCCUCAAGAGAUUACAUAA